AUGGGAAAAUGCUUGCGGACGGUCAUGCGGCUCAAUCUGGUGAUAUUAUAUUUCAUCGAGAAUGCAUUCGGUUUGCACACGGUUCGCUCCGAUCGGGUUGGCGUCAAGUUGCGAUGCAAGUGGUUCAUAAUUACAGUUGCAAAAUGGAGCUGGCCCUUGGCAAUAUUGGCACUCGGAUCGUCCUCCUACGCAUUUUCCGUGUUGUUCUAUAAAGGAUUGGUCUUCGGGGUAGAGCAGAAGUAUUUGAAACAAUCCAUAUCUCUCGUCAUAGUUUGGCUGCUUAAUUUGUUUGUCGCGUUGGUUGUUUACAUGCGACAGCUUGUGGAUGGUGAUAAAAUUGACGAAUUGAAUAAGGAUUUCGAAAAGCUCGUCGAGCAAUACAGUGGCAGUUCUGUGAUAGAAUUUCAACGGUUGAAAGGCCUAGUGCUGCUGUUGACAUAUGAGGCGGCUACUCUCGUUGUUCUGUGGUUAAACAUAAACCCGACGUAUCGGUUUUACUCGGGCCACGAUUGGUUCCUGUCGGUGGCGGUGAUGGCACCGAUUACGAUACGCUCAUUACUGGUCACUCGCUAUUGUGUAAAUUUUUCAUCGGUUGGCCGUAUCGUACGUGAGUUAAACCGCGAACUGUCCAUCCGGGUGCGUAGGUUCCAUAGAAUGCAAGCGAAGCCAAAUAUUAGCUUUCAUACAUUAACAAACAUCGAACUCAAAUUAACCGAUCAUUUGGAUGGGCUAAUUAUUCAAUACGACAGAAUGCACGAUGUUGUAAUGGCGAUAAUUGAAAUAUAUUCACCGUCUAUUUUGUUUGUACUCGUUUUGGAUUUUGGACAAAUGACAUUUGAGAUGUAUAUGCUCUAUUGUGACUUGGCGCAUACCUCGUUGGACAGCGAUGAUCUCCAUACGGUGAUCUUCUCACUUGUGUCAGCGGUACUCAGUUUUCUCGAAAUAGCAUUCGUUGUUGAUGGAACAUCAAAGUACACCGUGGGGUUGGAAGAAUCUAUUGAAUGGUUGCAGCGCAUUGGCAUUCAUUGCAUCGAUGGGCGGCUGGCUAAAAGUGUAGCUACACUAUCCCAACUAUGCAAUCGCGCCCAUGGAGACGUUAUAUCGUUCUACUAUUUCGCAUUGGACAGGUCUUUUCUCAUGACGAUUAUCGCAGCCUCGUGCUCAUACCUAAUUCUGCUUAUACAGACCGUUUGAAAGGCGUAAUCUACGGCGUGACAUAUUGCGGCUCGUCCAGGCGUAGCACUAAUUCGCUUCGCUAAAAUCAAUUUCAUCAUAUCAACGGACCUGUUGAGAGAUUGUUGAAAGCGCGCUUCGAGUAGAUAUAUGGUUUCAGAAACGUGCGAAUAUUUCAAACGUCAUGCAAACACCCGAAGCGAUGCAGCGAUGAAGCCUACCGGCGCUUAAUGAUUCAUAUGGGCUUAUUAUUUUUGGUUGGUGCUGAUUUGGGG